GGAGAAUGAUCAGGGUAUCCAUAAAAUCUGGGGAAGCUUAGUUCGCGGAUUAAGUGGGAUCCUCUGUCCGUAAGUGUGCAGAAGAAGAUGAUAAAGGUCACCCUCUGCGCUGCAUUACCGAAAUAAAUAAAGUGGCAUCCGAUUUCCACAGAUCAAAUUUCCAUAGAUUUUACCAGGUGAAGCUCUCACGACGAUCAUAAAAGCAACGACCAAUAUGGAGAAAAAAAUUGAGAGCACAGAAGCGGUACAUGAUGAGAUAAUGCCAAAUAUCGAGACCCAGAGAAAGAUGGACAAAGAGACUGCAACCUAUGCUGGCCAAGAUGCCAUUCAUGUAGACGAAAAAACGAGUAAGAGACUAUUUUGGAAGGUGAAUGGGCGCGUUUUGGUUUGUAUGCUAGGAACAUACUUUUGUCAAUCCCUCGACAAGGGGACCCUCAAUUUUGCGUCGGUUAUGGGAAUCAAGGAUGAUGCAGACCUCAAUCAUGGUGAACGGUACCCUUGGUUAGGAACCAUCCUAUACAUGGGCGUCUUGGCAGGCGAAUGGCCAACCAACUACUUACUCCAGAAGCUUCCAACCGCUAAGUAUCUGUCUGUGAACGUUUUUCUCUGGGGAGCAGUUGUGGCUUGUUCAGCUGCUUCAACUAGAUUCGUUCCUCUGAUGGUUGUUCGAUUUUUGUUGGGUUUUUUCGAGGCUUGUGUACAGCCAGCUUUUAUCAUAAUGACAGGGAUGUGGUAUACAAAGGAGGAACAGGUUAUGCUCACGUCAUUCUGGUAUUGUAUGUCCGGUUUACAGUUAAUGGUUGGAGGCAUCAUGGCAUGGGGAGUCGCACAAUAUCAAGGAUUUAUCCAUUCCUGGCAGUUACUCUUUUUGAUUCUUGGCAUCGUAACCUGCGUUUGGGCCGUCUUUAUAGGAUUCUGGCUUCCAGAUUCGCCCAUGUCGGCGAAGUGCUUCACGGAAGAGGAGAAGCACCUUAUGGUUGAGCGUGUACGAGUUAACGAGACUGGAAUACAGAACAGACAGUACAAACGCUAUCAAGUCAUCGAGACGCUGACUGAUCCUGUUAUCUGGUGUUACGUCUUCCUCCAAAUUACAUCAACACUUGUCAUUGGCGGUUUAGGUGUCUUUUCCGGUUUGAUUAUAAAAUCUUUCGGAUUUGACUAUUUACAAACUCAAUUGUUGAAUAUUGCACAAGGCGCGUUGAACAUCAUUGUCAUGAUCGGAAGUGCAUUUAUCGUGACUAAGACAAAGCAGACAACUUUAGUAAUGCAUGCCUUGACUAUUCUUCCUAUUAUCGGCACAGCAAUCAUGUAUUCCUUCCCACCUAGCGCUUCCAACAAAGUUGGCCUUCUUUUUGCAUUUUACUGCACCAUAUUCUACCUCGCCGAGGGAAACUUAAUCUUUUCACUUCUUUCUCGUAACGUUGGAGGUCAGACGAAAAAAUCUACUACACUGACAAUUACCUUCAUUUCAUGGGCGGCAGGAAACAUGGCUGCACCACAGAUUUUCAGAGAUGCGGAUGCUCCCCGCUACAAGAAUGGAUUUACGGCCCAUUUCUGUCUCUAUGUACUGUUCAACAUCAUACUGGUAGUGAUGCGUAUCUUGCUUACACGUCGCAAUAUUAAGAAACGUGCUGUACCAGUUGGUACCUCGACAUCCGAGAAUAUCGAUCUGAAAACAGGCGAAGAGAACAUCACACACUCACAUGCGUUUGAGGACCUCACUGAUAUUGAAAACCCGGAUUUUCGUUACGCGCUCUAAUCUGGAGAGAUGAGCAACGCUCUUGGGUUUUCCGCUAGUCAGAACAAGACCCCAGUUUGGCUGCCAUUGAUCGAUACUUGAUACCGGUUGGAGCAGAUUUAGAGUAAUAUUUGAUAGGAGUUUUGAGAUAUCCUUAGCUUGGACAAUACUCAUCUGAAAAUAAUGACAGUUGUAACAACUUGGACUUUCUUUAAACUGCUGUAGACAAGUCAAGCUAGCCGCAGACCAGAUCAAAGAGUGUAAGUAAGAGAAAUAGUAAUGAAAAAUGGCAACA